UUACUGUGCGCUUGCCUUUAGCGGGCCAGUCUGCGGGUGGAAGGACAUGCAUGUAAACCGGGUUAGGUCGAGCUUUGGCAGGCAGGGGCUCUCCCUUUCCCCUAAAAUAUAACUAACAUAGGUCGUUCCACAUAACCUAAUAAGAUGUCUGUGACCGCCCUGCGUUUGGUCUUUUGCCGGAGGCUGAGCAAUGCUGGUCCAGGGGUGAGGAAAGUCAUGCCAUGGAAAGAUUUGCGGAAAAUAGCUAAAGUAACUGGUGCUAUUAUUCUGGGUGGCUGUCUCUUCAUCUCCUAUGAGGUCAUCACCUUGAGGCAGGCAGUCACCAUUGACACACAGGCCAUUCUCCAGGAGAAGCGCAAGUCCUAUAUCUACCUGACUCCUGUCACUAGCAAAGAGCAGGAGCUCCUUGGCACCAAUGUCACUUAUAAAACCAGGAAGGAGCUUCAUAAAGCAGCAAGAAGAAUUAUUGAAAUGUCCUCUUGGAUACUCCGUCAGCCAUUGGAUGAGCAUCUCAGCCGUUUAGAUGCAGACCCUCAUGAGUGUGCCCUCUGGGUGCUGCUGAAGAGAACUCACUCCAGCAGUCGUGCGGAGCGUCUGCAGGCGGUGCAGGACCUGGCUCACACGCACCACUGGCACAAUUACCAGUAUCAGACAGCAGCGCAGUCUAUAGAUCAGCGCACAGCUAUAGGUUUGGCCCGCACUCCUCAGGUGGACCUCCGCUACUUCCUGCCCCCGCCAGCACUGCCAGAGGUGGAGGAUGAGUUUCAAAUAGAGGAUGGUCUGAGGCAGCUGCUCUCCUCUCUGCCGCAGUCAGAUGUGGAUCAGUGUGUGCAGUACUUCACCUCACUAGCACUGAGAGAAAGCAGCCAAUCGCUAGCGUCUCAAAGGGGAGGGCUGUGGUGCUUUGGUGGCAAUGGGCUGCCCUACGCCCAGAGCCUCACCUCCAUCCCCUCUGAGAAGGUGGAAUCUUUUUGCCUGCAAGCUCUGGCACAGCACUCAAAGGUCCCAAGUCAUUGUGAUCGCAUAGUGGCCAAUGGCGGACUUCAGCUUUUGCAAAGAGUCUUCCAGCUUCGCCGGGAUUCUCAGAAGAUUCAGCAGAACAUUGUGCGAAUCAUCGGGAACCUCGCCCUGCACGAGAACCUUCACACAGCCAUAUUGCAAUCAGGCUGGGUGUCGGUCCUGGCUGAGAUGGUGCAGUCUCCACAUAUCAUGCAGGCAUCUCACGCUGCCCGCGCUUUAGCCAACCUGGACCGAGAUGCAGAGGUGCAGAAGUACCAGGACGGGGUCUACAUUUUACAUCCACACUGCCGCACUAGCCAGCCAAUCAAAGCGGAUGUUCUCUUUGUCCACGGCCUUCUGGGGGCUGCCUUUAAGACAUGGCGACAGAAGGACUCUGAUCCAGUAGAGGAUGAGAAAUCUGUAGGAGUGCAAGAAGACUACACAGAGUGCUGGCCUAAGUCAUGGCUGGCAGCAGACUGCCCCAACCUCAGGAUCCUAGCUGUAGAGUACGACACCCAUCUCAGCGACUGGUGGGCCAAGUGCCCUGCCGAAAACCAAAGGAAGUCCUUAGCAUAUCGCAGUCAGGAGCUCCUUGAAAAGCUAAAGGCUGCAGGAGUAGGGGAGAGGCCCGUGGUGUGGGUGGCACACAGUAUGGGAGGUUUGCUGGUGAAAAAGAUGCUUUUAGAUGCCUUAGGUGAUCCUGACCUGAAUCCCUUGGUCAAUAACACUAAGGGUGUGCUGUUCUACAGUGUUCCCCACCAUGGCACUUUCAUGGCAGGGUACUCGGUAAACGUGCGAUAUCUCCUGUUUCCGUCCAUAGAAGUGAAAGAGCUUUGCAGAGAUUCGCCAGCCUUGAGUGACUUAAAUAAGAAUUUCCUCAACAUUGCAAAAGACAAGGAGUUGAAGGUGCUGAGCUUUGCAGAAAGUUUACCCACGUCCAUUGGCCCGAUGAUGAAAAUAUUGGUGGUUCCUGCCCAGUCAGCAGAUCUGGGUAUUGGAGACCUAAUUGAAGUGGCUGUCGAUCAUCUCAACAUCUGUAAGCCUGAGAAGAAGGAUUCUUUUCUCUACAGGCGUAGUUUACAGUUUAUUCAAGAUGCUAUAGGAGCACACAUAAGCGACUGAGUCCCUCUGCCAGUGUUGGGAAUCUCAAGCGGAUCUUUUACAGUGUCGCCUUCAGCAUCUUAACGGAUUUGUAUUUGAAGAGAAAUGAACCAGUUAUAUUAAGGAAGUCAUUUUGAAAGUGCAUAUAUGAAACUAUGAAAACUAUUUUUGUAAGAAUCAUGAUGCCUGAGUUUUUCACCGACCCAGAACACACGAUUUUAGAACAUGCUGCAUAUUGAAACUUAAUUUUAAAGGUGAUGGUCUAAUUUUUCUCCAUGCACUGCUUUGGAAUGUACUCUUUUGUAAGCAAAUACUGUAUGUCUACUUAGACAUUGUAUAGCACAUGAUACUAAGCAUUUAAUUUCAUUUGAAUUAUGAUGAUGUCCCCUUAUUUAUUUGUAUUUAUUUUUUUAAUACAUUAUAGAACACCAGACAUAAGGAUUGCCCCAUUUGGACAACUCAGUAACUUUUUUGGGACCGUAACCUCAAGUGUGCAGCCUGAAAUAGAUUUGAUUGCACAGUUUGGGGGGAAAAUUUAUAUUAAUUGCUUAACUUAAAGGCCAUCAUUUCUUGACUGGCUUUUCACUUUUAAAUGUUUGCCAAAAAGCAUUGCCAUCAUUGUUAAUUGCAAAUUAAAUGGCGAUUUCUGAUGUCUGGAUAUGAUUGUUUGGAUUAAAUUGAAUAUCUUCAGAA